AUGGCUGUGUAUCUGCAUUUGUGGUUCAUUUCGACUGUUUACUUUGGAUUCACGGAGUUGAGCAUGGAUUGGAGCAAAGGUGAGGUUUUCCUCACACUUUUGUACUUCAUGACGGCCGUUGGAAUUGUCCAGAUGCUGAUAAAAUCCUACAUUUCGACCUACUUGCACGAGCACUACAUGAAGCUCAUCGCGUGGAUGAAGAGUCAGUACACUGAAGUCAAAGUGCAAGGUUUGAUGAGAGAAAUAGUCGAAAGAAAUCUUCAUGCAGCCUUCAAGCAAUCUAGAAUGAUUAUUUUGAUGUACAUUGGAGUGUUCGGAAUGGCUCCGCUGGGCUACAUGGCGACUGUCAUAUUGCGACAAGGAUUGCAUGCAGUCAUCAUUAUUCCCUUCAUAUCCUACGAUCAUCCAAGCGCGAAACUGAUUUACUACUCAGUCGAAUUUCCUUACACACUCUUGGCAGGAAUCUUGAGCGGAGUUGGAGAUUCUACAACAAUAAUUGCAGGAAUUCACAUCAUGAAAGCCGUUGACACUAUCAAUGAUCUGAUUAGACUGUUGGAUGACAAAGACAAGGCGAAUCAGUGUCCGAAUAUCCUCAUCGUGAUCUACAAGAAGCACUCGGAGAUCAUAAAGAUGCUCUCCACUCUCAAUGAGAUCAUGUAUCUCAUAUCUCUGAUUCAACUCUUCACGAGCACCUUCAUGUUCCUGGUUUUGUUCACGUCCGCACGCACGCAGCCCAUGGAAAUGGUGUUUUAUCUCUUUCAGCUCUGCGUGAUUUCCCAACUCUUCCUCCUGUGCGCCUUCGGGGAAGUGAUUUUCUCGAAAACUCAGGUGAUUUUCACACAACUCUAUCUCACGAAGUGGUACGACAUGAGCCUGAGCAAUCAGAAAGCCAUCCUCAUGAUGAUGCGAAUGUCCGAGGCGCCGUACGGACUCAAGGCUGGCGGAAUGUUUGACAUCAAUAUGUACACGUUUAUUCAGAUUGUUAAAAUGGCAAUUUCCUACUGUGCCAUCAUAAUUACGCUGGCGUAA